AUGUCAAGUGUUAAUGGCACAACACCCUGCCGUUUCAAAUGGGAGAUUCCUCACGUCGAGCGCGAAACGAGAGCUUAUCAACUACUUGAGGGUUCAGGGCUGUCGGCGCGAUUCCUCGGUCAUAUCUAUGAGAAUGGAUGCAUUAUGGGGUUUCUAUUGGAGAAAAUAGAAGGGCGCGCUGACUCCAUCCAGGAUUUGAAGACCUGUGAAACGGCUUUGGAGAGACUCCAUGGAUUGGGAAUUUUUCAUGGGGACGCGAACCGUUCUAACUUUCUUGUUACGGGGGAGAGGGUCAAACUUCUUGACUUUGAACAUUUCCAGGAGGAUGGUAGCCCGGGAUCAAUGCGGAAGGAGCUAGAGAGUGUUCGUGUGGAAUUGAUGGAAGAUUCAGGGCGUGGUGGGGGAUUUAUCAUCCAGGGUGAUGGCAAUUGA